CCAUCUUGAUGUUCUAACUCUUGAGGGUCUGAGAGUUUCAAACAUGCCGUUAGGACUUUCUGCUGCGUGCCACUCUCUGAAGCGGACACUACCUCACUCUGUAGCUAUUUUUCACAGAACCUUCUGCCUAUUAAAGCAAGAGAAAUGGAAUCUGAGAACUGCAGUUCAAAGACAAGCUCACAGAUGGACUACAGUGCCUUCAUCAAGGUUACACCAGAAGCCGGUGUUUUCAGAGCUCUAGCAUUUGGGGAUAAGGUUGCUAUCAUCGACAGUGGUGGAAGCCACAGCUACAAGCAGCUGUACUGCAGCAGCUUAGGUCUUGCUGGUAGAAUCAGUUCUACUCUGAACUCUGGCUUUGGGGGUCUGGAAGGAAAAAGAAUCUCCUUCCUGUGUGCUAAUGAUGCUUCCUAUACAGUUGCACAGUGGGCAGCUUGGAUGAGUGGUGGGACGGCGGUGCCGCUCUACCGAAAACACCCUGAAUCUGAACUGGAGUACAUCAUCUCUGACUCCCAGAGUUCAUUGUUGGUGGCAGGUCAUCCCUUUGCUGACACCUUGGAGCCGCUGGCACAGAAGCUGGGGCUACCGUGCCUCACUCUGCCGGCUACUUCCAACCUGAGCACUUUAGAUUCUUCAGACGCCGGAGAGGAGGAGGCAGACAUCACGGACUGGGCUGAGCGCCCAGCUAUGAUCAUCUACACCAGUGGUACCACAGGGAGACCAAAGGGAGUGCUGCAUAUGCACAGCAACAUCCAAGCCAUGGUCCAGUGUCUGGUUUCAGAGUGGGCGUGGUCCAGAGAUGACAUCAUCCUUCACACCUUGCCGCUCCACCAUGUGCAUGGCAUUGUUAACAAGCUGCUGUGCCCGCUCUGGGUGGGCGCCACCUGCGUCAUGCUGCCUGACUUCCAGCCUCAGAAGGUGUGGGAGAUGCUGUUGAGCUCCGAGGCGCCCCUGGUUAAUGUGUUCAUGGCUGUGCCAACCAUCUACUCUAAGCUGAUCCAGCACUAUGAUCAGCACUUCACACAGCCUCAUGUCAAGGACUUUGUCAAAGCCGUCUGCAAGGAGAGGAUCAGGCUGAUGGUGUCAGGCUCGGCUGCUCUCCCUCUUCCCACUCUUCAGCGCUGGGAGGAGAUCACAGGACACACACUGCUGGAACGCUACGGCAUGACCGAGAUCGGCAUGGCACUGUCCAACCCACUCAAAGGCCCACGUGUACCAGGGGCUGUUGGGUUCCCACUGCCUGGUGUGGAAGUCCAGAUUGUCAUGAAUAACACAAACAACACUACAAUUGUGGAGGGCAAUCACAGAGAGACUCAGGUACGUCCAGGUCUGGAGGGCAAAGAAGGGGAGCUCCUGGUCCGAGGUCCAUCGGUUUUUAAGGAGUACUGGAACAAACCUGAAGCGACCAGAGAGUCUUUCACUGCUGACGGCUGGUUCAAAACAGGAGACACAGCAGUCUACAAAGACGGUGUGUAUUGGAUCAUGGGUCGCACCAGUGUUGACAUCAUCAAGAGCGGUGGCUACAAGAUCAGUGCCCUUGAGGUGGAGCGUCACCUGCUCGCUCAUCCAGACAUCACAGAUGUUGCUGUGAUCGGGGCCCCUGAUGCCACUUGGGGUCAGAAAGUCACCGCCGUGGUUCAGCUGAAGAAGGGACGGAGCAUGAAUCUGCCAGAGCUGAAGAUCUGGGCCAGAGCGCACAUGGCACCCUACACCAUCCCCACGGGCCUGCUGCUGGUGGAAGAGCUGCCUAGGAAUCAGAUGGGCAAGGUCAACAAGAAGGACCUCCUGCGACACUUCUUCCCAUGACUGGACUUUCUCCGAUAUCCAUGACAACAUGCUGGUUUCCUGGUUAAAGAACUGAAGCUAUAUGUCACUUCCAUGAACAGGAUAUUCUACCAAUGCAAACAAGGUGCUGAAACACAGUACCUGAAACACGAAAAAGCGCUUUGAGGACACCCAUUAGUAGACUCUUUGAAGAUGUUUUUUUUGGGGGGUGAAAAUGGUGAUGUUCCCAUGAUAAUUUUGAUGGUUGAGUGAUAUGAACAUUAUAAUGAACCAUGCUUAAAUACACCAACAGCAAAUAAAAGAGACAAUGUGUUGGUAGAAGAGGAGCAAGGAUGAAGUUAAAAAUGUGAUCAGUAUUUAAACACUGUUAAUAUUAGGUCCUCAGCGUUUUAUAAACUGUAAUGCACUUGAAAUAACAGAUUGUCUGAAAAUUAAAAAGUUUAAUUUAGAUAAA